CACUUGUGUGUUGCAAGAGGUUUAGGGGAAGUGACUGCUGAAAUCAGAGUAUAAAUGUUUUGCAAGGUCAGUCCAUGGACCAGUUAAGUAAAAAAGGAUUGGAAAUAACACAAAGUAAUGAAAAAAAGUAGGCUACAAUACUGGAUGUGUUUGCUGAGUUUUUGAAUCUCUAGAAUGUCGUUCUUGGGCUAUGCAGCUCUGCUCCUGUGUUGGCUGCAUUGUGCUGCACAAAGAGCUUGUGAAGAACCUCCUCCUAGGAGGGUGAAAGAAGUGCCUACUAAAAGAUGGGACAGGCCUCCCUAUCCACACGGGACUCAAGCAACGUACAACUGUCGGCCUGGAUAUGUGAAAGUGGGAAGAGUUGCGUUCCGGUGCAUCGAUGGACAGUGGAAGCAGCUGCCCCCAGCGGCAGAAUGCAGGAAUAAGCCCUGUGGACAUCCUGGAGACACUGAGUAUGGUUUCUUUGAACUUACCAGUGGAAGUGAAUUUGUGUUUGGUGCCAGAGUUGAGUACAGAUGUAACGAUGGAUACCAGAUGCUCAGCCAAAGGAAUUACCGUGAGUGUCAGGCAGAUGGAUGGAGCAAUGACAUCCCUCAUUGUGAAGUGAUAAAGUGUUUACCUGUACAAGAACCUGAAAAUGGAAGGAUAAUUAUGACUGGUGCAUUUGAGCUAGGCCAAGAAUAUUCCUUUGGCCAGGUUGUAAAUUUUGAAUGUAAUGCAAAAUACAAACUUGUUGGAGCUGGAGAGAUCAUUUGCUCUGCUAAUGGAAAAUGGAGUAAUGAUGUGCCUCAGUGCCAAGAAAUUUCCUGUGACGUGCCAGAAAUUCCAAAUGGAUAUGUCCGUUCUCAAAGGAAGUCUUACAAGGAAAAUGAAAUAAUGCAGUUUUUCUGUAAAGAAGGAUACAAAUAUGGGAACAGAGCAGAUGCACUGUGCACUGAAUCAGGAUGGAAUCCACCUCCCUAUUGUGCUGAAAUUAUAUGCUUUCCUCCAGUAAUUUCCUCUGGGAGCUUUAGACCUCAAAAAGACAAGUACACACUGGGUGGUACAAUCACAGUGGAGUGUGAAGCUGGGUAUCACUUUAAAGCCACAACUGGCAGCACCAGAGCUGAGUGCACCAAGAAUGGCUGGGUGCCUGAGCCAGCCUGUGUCAGGAAACCAUGUGACUACCCAGUCAUAGAAAAUGGCAAGUUAAGUGAUUCCUAUGAGAACUACAGAGAGUAUUACUUCCCAAAAAGAUUUGGACAGACUCUAGAUUACUACUGCCUCCAUGGCUAUUCAGCCCCCACUGGAACUUCCUGGGCUCGAGUUACCUGCUCUGAAAUGGGCUGGUUUCCACAGCCAAAAUGCCUGAAAAAAUGUUCCAUCAGAGAGCUGCAAAAUGGGUAUUUCGUAGGCCGUGGCUGGAACGAUUUUUACAAGGAAGGUGAAAAAGGCAGGUAUGUCUGCUACAAUGGCUACCAAGCUCAGCCUGAGGAAGUCACGUGCACCAGGAAUGGCUGGGCAUCUCCUCCAAGAUGUGUCCGUAAAAAAAAAUGCCAGUACAUCAGUUUUGAUAAUGGCUACUUGAACACAGGGAGGGGAACAUUCGAUUUAAAAGAGAAGAUCCCAUAUCAAUGUCAAGCUGGUUUUGUGACUCCAGAAGGACAAGAAACAGGACACACACAGUGCCUCGAGAGUGGCUGGACUCCACCUCCCAAGUGCAUCAAAUCAUGUGAAGCACCAGUCUACAUUUCAGUUCACCACACAAAAAAAACUGUGUUCAUGCCUGAAGAUACAAUUGAGUACUCAUGUUUGGAAGGAUACAAAACUGCAAAUAACACGCCAACUGGUAUCACAAUGUGUGGCAGAAAUGGAGAAUGGUGUCCAGAGCCCCAGUGUCAUGAAAUCAAAUGUGCACUGCUGCCAUUGAUCAAUGGAGAUUUCUCUCCUAAAGAGAGUAAAUACUUCAGUGGGGAUGUUGUGAAAUUUACCUGUUCAAAAGGCUACAUAAGGGUGGGACCUGCCUCUGCUCAGUGCUACGAGUUUGGAUGGUUUCCAUCACCACCAGUGUGUCAAGCCAGUGUCAGAGGCUGUGGGCCUCCCCCUGAGAUUGCCAAUGGAAGUAUUGUCGAUGGCUCCAUGGAAGAGUACCAGCAUGGGAACAGAAAGCAAUAUGAAUGUGACAGCAAAUUUAAGUUGGUUGGAUCAAAGGAAAUAGAAUGUAUUGAUGGACAGUGGUCACCUCCUCCCUCUUGCAUUGAAGACAAAAUGCCAUGUGAAUCACCUUCCUCUAUCCCAAAUGUUGUUCUGCAUCAGGCAGACCAGACCCACUAUUCACACGGGGAUGAAGUAACUUGUGGAUGUAAACCAGGCUCUGACAAUACUGAGGAAAUGAAAAUAAAAUGUCUUAAUGGAGAAUGGAAGCCUUUACCUGUUUGUGCUGAUGCAUCCCCCCAGUGUGUAAUUCCAGAGGAUGUUGAGCUGGUACGCUCUGGCCAGUAUCCCAUGUCAAGAAGGAAGACUGGUUUCCAUAAAGUUAUACAUUACAAAUGUACAUUAGCUGAUGAAAAUGUUAAACAGGCAACUUGUGUGUCUGGGAGAUGGACACCAGAGAUUGCAUGUACAGCUGCAGAGAGUGUGUGCCCACCUCCACCUCAGGUGUCUGGUGCUCAGCAGACAACAGUAGGAAGAAACUACAGGAGUGGGAGUAAAGCAGUUUUUUCAUGUCCUGACGGUUUCCAGCUCGUUGGUGCAAAGGAAAUAACCUGUACAGAUGGGAAAUGGCAAUCACCACCUCACUGUGUGGAAAGACCAUGUUUGCCACCACCAUCUGUAGAAUGUGCUGAUGCUCCCAGGCUGGAAAAUCCAUAUUUUAAAAUUGAAAGAGAAGGGAAAACAAUUUAUCUGGCUGGUGCUAGAUUUAAGUAUGUUUCUCAUUCUGGAUACGUGUUAAGUGGACCGGCAGAGACAAAUUGCUCUAUGGGAAAAUGGACUGAAGCUCCUUCAUGCUUGGAAAUGCCAUGUGGAAGUGUUCCAAAAGUUGCCAAUGCUCAAUUUGAAGGCAGACAGAAGACAACUUAUGAGCCUGGUGAAACAGUUCGCUACCAGUGUGAUUCAGGGUUCCAGAUUGUUGAUUCCCCUGAAAUUAUCUGCAGAAAGGGAAAUUGGACAGCACCACCCUUCUGUAAAGAUGUCAGCUGUGGAGCUGCCCCUGAGAUCCCCAAUGGGCGCAUUGCAAGGGUUCCUCAGGAGAGGUAUCUGCCUGGGGACACAGUGCACUAUCAGUGUGAAAGCAACUUUCAGAUGACAGGUGGAAGUUAUGUCUUUUGUUCAAAUGGUCAUUGGUCACAAGCACCAGUUUGCAGAGAUGUGACAUGUGGACCUCCUCCAGAAAUUGCUGGUGGUAGAAUUGAAGGCAUUAAAAAGUCCAGGUAUAGCCCUGGGGAGAGUGCAAAGUAUCAGUGCUGGAAAAAUUUUAAGAUGACUGGGGAUUCCACUGUAGUGUGCCAGAAUGGGAACUGGACAGAGCUCCCAAAAUGCAAAGGACAAGCUGGGAGGUGUGGUGCACCUCCAUCUAUUCAAAGUGGAGAGCUUCUUGUCUUCCCCUUGCAAGAAUAUCAACAAGGAGAUACUGUGGAAUACAAAUGCCCAAAUUUCUACAUCUUGAAAGGAUCUGCAACAAUCACCUGUCUUAAUGGGCAGUGGACAAGCCCCCCAGUUUGCCUGGUGGCCUGUACAGCAUCAGAAGAAGAUAUGGACAGAAACAAUAUAGAGCUGAAAUGGGUUGCACGGAGCAAGCUGUACUCCACGUGGGGUGACUACAUUGAAUUCCGUUGUAAACCGGGAUAUUUGCCAGACCCAAGUACUUCCAGCUUCAGAGUGCAGUGUGUGGAGGGGACUCUGCUGUACCCACGGUGCACACUAGGAAGGAACUGUGUCCUGGAUAGGGACACUAUGGAAGAGAACAACAUUCAGGUGCAGUCAAUCAGCCAGCUGAGCCAAUCCUAUCCCUCGGGGGACUCUGUUGUGUUUGAGUGCAAGCGUGGGUACCAGCUCUCCCAGAUAGAGAAACUGAGAGCUCAGUGCCUGGAUGGAGUCAUUACAUAUCCUCAGUGCUCUGAAAAAUCAUCAUGGUAGAGGUAAAUGGAAAUGGCAGGGGGGAGCCCAGCUCUGCAAAUGGAAGAGCCCUCAACAAACCUGGUGAUUUGAGCUCAGUGUUUCCUGGUCUUUCCCAUUUUGCUGUGCUUUGUUUGCAGCUUAGCCAAGCUUCUGUCUUGGAAUUUGUUCUUGUUUUCAUUAUUGGAUGGUUUUGUUUGCAUAUUAUCCACAUUAGAUCUAGUUUUGUAAAUGUAUUUACAUUUUAUGCAGCCAAAGGGUUGUGCUUGCAUUUUAUCCAUUCUAUACUGAUCUCACUGUUAUUUUAUUAACAAUUGUGUCCUGAAAACAGGCUGGCUUUGGUGGAAUACUGAGACAAGAAUUAAAGCUGACAGGUAAUUUGAUUCAGCACACAAAGUGUGUUUGGCCUUGUCUAUUCCUACCUUCUUCUCCAUGCACUUGCUUGGAAUUGAGCCUGGGGUGAGGGUCCUGAGUGCCUGAGCAGAAAGAGCAAGUGGAGUCUCCUUUGAACAACUUCUGGAAGGCUCUGGCCAGAACCAGUUCUUCUGGGGGAACUUGAGCCAGAUCUUGCCUGCAAAGGCAAGAUGUUGGGGUGCAAGUAAUUGGGAUAUCUAGGUGAAAGUGGGGACCAGCUCCUGGUCCAGGUCCUGGAUGCACCAGUCUAUGCUGCCCCAUCUGCCCUUCACAAAGAGAAAGUGCUUGUGGAAAUCAGUGGCAGCCUGGCUGUGGUAGCCAUGGACUACUUAACUCCCUGCUUCAGAAGGGAGAGAAAAAAGCAAGUACCAGAGUACAAAUCAUACACAUUAGGCAAGCAGACUUCAACUUAUUUAGGAAAAGAGAUGGGAGUGCUUGGGAGUCAUAGGAGUUCAGAAAAGCUUAGAGGUCUUGAAGCACAGAAUCCUGCAAGCACAAGAUUAUUCAGUUCUCAUCUUCAAGGGGAAAUCUACCAGUCCAUCUGGCUUAUCUCAUCAGAGCCUUCACAGAGAGCUCUGAAACAGAAAAGAAAUCAAUUUACAGGUGAUUGAGGCAAAAACAGGCUCCAAAGUAAGCUGUCCAUGACAUUGAUGUAGUAUGCAUGGAUAAUGUUAGGAAAGAUGAAGCUCAGAGUGGCACUAACCAGGGACACCAAGGGUCACAAGAAGAUAUUCUAUUGCUACACUAGGAUUAAAACAAUCAAUAAGAAGGUGGGACAUGUCACUAAAACAGGUAGGUGAGUUCAUGGCAGCAGCCCCACAUGAAGCUUGAAUAUUUGAUGCAUUCUUUGCCUCAAAGUUCAUCAACAAGAUGCUGCCUUCAUUUCUGUAAUCCCCCUCAUCCUGUCCUGUGCUCACAGCCAGUGUUGUGUGCACAUCCAGAGGAAGUGAUUGGGGUAAACGAAUUCUGCUUCCAACAACUGUUCCAGCAAGGGCCUUUUAGUCCCUUUUGCUCCAUUUCCCUCUUACAGAGCAAACAGAGGAAGGGUUUUGCUGUUAUAUACACUGUGUAAAGUGCUUUUAUCAACUUUUUUUUCUACCUGUUGGUCGACUGGGUUUUGACUAAUAAGCAGAAUUUCUCUAUUCCUGAAUGCUUUCAUAUCUUUUUUGUCUUAUUCAUUUAAGUAACCCUUGGAAACCCACACAGAACACCAUACAUGCAGUGAUUUCACAGACAGAUGAGACAGAAGACACCCUUAGAGUAGCUUUUUUAUUAAAACAGACUAAAAUGGUUGCAAGGCAAACAUUGUCCAUAUUCCUGGAUUUCUUCAUAGAUGUAGUCACACUUGUUCUCAGGCAGAACCUUAAGAGUUCAAUAUUUAAGUGUCAUAGGAAAUCAUACAAAGUACUUGGAUUUUAAUAUUCUUAAAAUAAUUUUGAAAAUAAUUAACUUCUCAGUAAAUUUGUAUACUUUUGGGUUUUAAGUAGUUUUACAGAUGCCUUAAAAACUUUUUUUUAUACUUGCUGUUUUCUGUUGUUCCUCAAGCUCAGUCCUUUAGAGCUCCUUACCUGUGAAGGGAGACAUGAUUGCUGUUAAGAUGUACAACUCCCUCCCCCAGCUUCCUCCAUGUGUAUGCCAAUAUUGCAUCCCUGUGCUGCACUGCUCAUCCUCAUCCCUUCUGUCCCCCUCCAGCUCAGACUCAGCACUCAUUUCCCAAAGCUGAGUGGAGUAACCUGGAGAACAUGAGGCCACCCUAAGUCACCUGUUAAUAAGAGAUAAAGAAUGGGUACAUACCUCUCCUACAGGUUUUCCUCAAGUCCAUACUUGCUUUCCUCUUUCAACACACCUUGGAUAUGCCAGCUGUCCCCUCUUACACUGUACUUGAAAUAAAGUUGUGCCAGAUUCUGCUCCAAAAUGGUUCUGUUUACAGUAAAAUCCAACAUAAUCCCCAUGGUAAAAGUAAACUUGGUCUGCAUAGAAUGCUUGCAGCAGCACAUUAUUUUUCUCCAUUUCAGUUUUUGACAAAGUGCACGGCUCUAGAAAAGAGAGACUUGAUCAGUGCUAAUAAAUUUAUUCUUUUUGGAACAGAAUAUUUUGACCAGGCUACACUAAAAUUGUAAAUUAUUUCCUAUUAUCUUAUUAUACUGCAGGCAUAUCAUAGUUAUGGAAAUAAAAAACCUACCAGAAUGA